ACCCAGUAAAAGCCGGACGUGGGGAAAUACAAAUACUGGUAAUUAAAUUGCAGUUAAAAUUGGAUAGUAGCUGAUAGAUAUAACUAACUAAUAACGAAUCUUGAUCUUAAAGCCUUAAUUUAAGGUAUAAGCAUCCCAUAAACCGAAGUCUCCCUUUACUUACAAUCCCACGAUAUUGCAUUCUUCAGUCAAAUCAAAUACUAACAACUACUUCUAUAAAUACUUAAACUGAAUAACAAUUACAAAACCAAGCUUAAAUAAAGUCUUCUAUAUCAUACCACAUUACUAUAUUAGUAUUAGUGUUAGUGUUAGUGUUAGUAGUUAGUACUACUAAUCACAAAUAGUUAUCACUAAUAUACAGGGCUAAUUAAUAUGGCGGCGAGAACGGGUUCUUAUAACCAUCUGCGCCUGUUCUCGUUGUCUUUCUUAGUGUUUUGCUUGUGCUUUGGAAACUUUCCAGUAGACGGUAAGCAAAACUACAAAGAUGCAUUGGCUAAGUCCAUCUUGUUCUUCGAAGGCCAAAGAUCCGGGAGACUCCCUAGAGACCAACGAGUCAACUGGCGAUCUCAUUCCGGCCUUCGUGAUGGCUCUCUCGCUGGUGUGAACUUAAUGGGAGGCUACUACGACGCAGGGGACAACUUAAAAUUCAACUUACCUAUGGCUUUCGCCACAACCAUGCUUUCAUGGGGGGUGCUAGAGUUCGGGGGUAGAAUGGGGCCCGAGCUAAACAACGCAAAGGCCGCCAUCCGUUGGGCAACAAACUACUUCUACAAAUGCGCAACUGCCACACCCGGAAAACUCUACGUCGGGGUAGGAGACCCGAUUUCAGAUCACAAGUGCUGGGAAAGACCAGAAGAUAUGGACACUCCCAGAACUGUUUACUCUGUUUCACCCAGCAACCCGGGUUCUGACGUUGCUGGUGAAACUGCAGCAGCACUUGCUGCAGCUUCCAUUGUUUUCAGAAGAAGUGAUAGAAGAUAUGCAAGUAUGCUGUUAAUGACUGCAAAGAAAGUGAUGCAGUUUGCUAUACAGUAUAGGGGUGCUUACAGUGAUUCUCUUGGAUCAGCUGUUUGUCCUUUUUACUGCUCUUAUUCAGGGUACAAGGAUGAGCUGCUUUGGGGGGCAGCUUGGCUGUUUAGGGCAACAAAACAGAGUUAUUACUUGAAUUUAAUGAAUUCACUUGGAGCUAAUGAUGCCACUGAUAUCUUCAGUUGGGACAAUAAAUUUGCUGGUGCGCAAGUACUCCUCUCUAGGAACGCACUGUUGAACAAGGACAAGAAUUUCGAGCCUUUCAAGCAAGGCGCGGAAGACUUCAUCUGCCGCAUAUUGCCCAAUAGCCCUUCUACCUCCACCCAAUACACACCAGGUGGUCUCAUGUAUAAGCUCACCGGAAGUAACCUCCAAUAUGUGACAUCCAUCAGUUUUUUGCUCACAACUUAUUCCAAGUUGAUGGCAGUUUCCAAGCACACAUUCAACUGCGGCUCUGUCCUAGUCACUCCAAAAACUCUAAGACGCCUUGUCAAAAAACAGGUAAACUACAUACUUGGUGAUAAUCCUUUGAAGAUGUCCUACAUGGUAGGAUACGGGGCAAAUUAUCCCAAGAAAAUUCAUCACAGAGCUUCCUCAAUGCCUGCCUUGAGCAAACAGCCACAAACUAUUGGUUGCAGCAACGGCUUCCAACCUUACUAUUACACCUCAAAUCCUAAUCCCAACAUUUUGAUAGGAGCUGUUGUUGGAGGUCCAAACCAGAAUGAUGCUUACAGUGAUGAUCGCACAGACUAUAGCCAUUCCGAACCAGCCACAUAUAUAAAUGCAGCAAUGGUGGGAACCCUUGCCUCCUUCGCUUAAGAGCUGAAUCCUACUAACAAUCUCACCUCGAAAUGACAGACUUUAUUCAGUCUACCCAUAGAAGGUAGAAAAAACACGCUCUUCAUGUAGAUACUCUGCCUAUCAAAAGUGCAGAAUGUCGAGCCAGUAGCUUUUUUCCUUUCAAUGUCUAUUUUCUCUAAAAAUAUAGAAUGAAAGAUGUGGAAACAGCUGAAUCCACAGCAACAUCACCCAUUGUUGCAAAUGUGCUAGGUAUUAGACAAUUAGUCUUGUAUGUGCAUGUGUUUUAUUACAUGUUUUAUGGAUAUUGAACCCAAAUUUAGACCC